AUGUCGCAUGACUACACUCUGGAAUAUCAGCUACGCGACACUCGGCUCGAACUUGGACGAAUCACUGCUCAACUGCUUCAGACCAUCGACGACCUCCGGAAGAUCAAAUCUGCCCACCGAGAGCAUGUCUCGCAGCUGGAGAACGACUAUCGGUAUGAACUAUCUCGUGUCAAAGCUGAAAAAGAUGUGCAGGCAACGCAGUUGAAGCGAGCUUUGGAGGAUGCGGAGACGCAGAGAGAUGCUUGGCGUAAUCGUGAAGCAGAUGUAGCAGAGCAGUUGGAGCAGUCGAAGUUGGAGAUGCGAGAUCUUCAGGAGGAAUUAGAUAAAAUGAGAAUGGAAAAUGAGAUCUUGAAGGUCGAGCCGGAUGAAGCAAGGACACCUGUGGAUUCUCCGUCGACCCCGCAUGGGAAACGAAAAGGAAAGUUUGGUCGCACUGAUUCGCUCCUGGGAAUCGCCGCCAGUCCUAUGAACAUAGUUGAAGAAGAGUCAUCUUCGAUACCUUGGCCUACAUCUUUUGAAAACAGCACUCCAGUCAAACAACAUGUACCCUACCCGACGCCACCUUUCAAACGGCACAGACACUACGUUUCUAUUUCGAAGCCCGGGUCUUCUCUCUUCGUUCCUCCCGCUCCGGGCAAUCAGACAAAUGAUAGUGAAGAUGAUAUCUCAACUUCGUCGGUUCCGGAGACCCCCACGUCUUCCUCCAGCAGAGCACUCCCAGAUAUCAUACGCACUACAGUUCGUGAUAUGCCAGGCGAACAGAAGAGGGGCAAGGAGCAGCAAAGGACGGAAAUUAUUGUGCGAGCGCCAAUUACUCCAUCAACUUCGCCUCAGUUGCGCCGCGUGGGCCGUCCUAAGCACCCCGCAGCAGGAGCGAGUUCAAAACCUCGACUUACUACCAAGGAAUUGAUGACAGCUGCCCAGAGGGAGCCCGCGGAGUGGGCAUUGCGCGCGCUUACAGACUCUAAUCCAGAGCCAGAGACGCAGGAGGAGUCUUCGCAGAAGGAUGGGGUGGUCUCUGCCACGCCACCCACCCUGGGCACCGAAUAAAGAAGACUGAUGCCCAAGAGAAAAAUUCAUUGAAUAAGUUAUGGCUGAAUUUAUGGCUCUAUUAGAGCAUAUAUGUGGCGGUUUGAAACGCUGGAGCCUCCGCCAGAGCUCGCUUCCUGAUUGGCGGAGGGGUUGAAUGUACACCUCUACAUAUAUGCCCUAUUGAAGACUUAAUUCUUUGUCCUAGACUCGAUAUCCGUUUCUUGCAAAGUUUCUAGGGUUCCUGCUGUCGGAUGUGACUAUCACUUUACUGGUACUUCGUUCUUAUUGCUCUCAUGUUGUAUGCCACCUCGCUUUUCAUGCCUUCGAUUUUGGUUUCAUGUUUAUUCCGAAUACCCUGGUUCUCUCCAUCGAUAUCCAUGUUAUCGUACUUGACAUGUAUGUCCUUUCCGUAUUUCUGUUCUGAAUGUACUAUACCGUUUCAUUCAGCGCGAUUUUAACGCUUGC